UCGCUAUUAUAAAAAAGCAUUACAAAAGUUAAAUAAAUUAGAGAGCAAUAUAGAAGACCGUGUAAAAAGAGGGAGACACCGUUGAGAGUGAAAAGAUGGCGGACUGCGAAAAAGAGGAGGCUCACAAUCUCCAAAUGGAGUUUGAGUGGGUCCUACACGAAGAAGUCCAUUCUUCGUUAUCCCAACUUCGCAGUGUCUUAAUGGAAUGCGCACAGCGAUUUCCAUUAGCUGUUUUUGGUAAUGAUCAAACAGACAAAACGGACAGAUUUGUAUUUGCAGCUCCGCAUGAUCAAGUAAAGUGCGUUGCUGUACUUACCGGUGAUAGUAUCACAAAUGCAGAAGUUAAUUUCAAAAUACAACGUCAACCAAACUUAAACAUGAGAACUAGUAUAGUAAAUGAACAUCCAUGGAAAUUGCAACAAAUACAAGAUGCUGCAAAUCAUUUACAACAAGCUAUUGCGCAUAUCGAUAACGUUGAUCGGCAUUAUCUUUUCAAAACAUCGGAUGAAGUUAUGCAUGUACUAGGUAAUAUAUUAGGUAGUCUUCAAAGAAGUAGAACCAGCUUAAUUGUUCCUAGAAAGAAAACCAUCGACGAUCUCAUUAAAAGUCGUAAUAUGAGAUCUCUAAGUCCUAAUCUUCCAGAGAAUUUAGCUAUUAGUUUUUACAUACAAAGCCAUAAACUGGUAUUAGCUGUCUAUCAGUUAGAAAAUGCCCAUGGUAACGUUAAACAUGAAACUCAACAAGCAGAAUGUACCGUACCAUGGUUAAACGAUGCAUUGGUACUUCUAACCAUAGCGUUGCAACUCUGUCAACGUCUAAAAGAUAAGAUUUGCGUAUUUUCCUUGUAUAAAGAUUUUACAGUGAGCACACAUGCUCCUUCAACUACCAGUUGGUAGCCUUACACAUGAUUUUGGUUUUAAGAUGCUGUUUUAUAAAAGUGGUGCUAUAUCAGGAUUAUUGAUUCUAGCUAGUUGCUAGUUCAAUAAGUCAAUAGUGCUUGUUAAAGUCAUCGUACGGACAGAAAAUGACAUUUUUUUCGUUGUUUCAACCGUUAUCGCGCACGGACAUUGUUCUUACAGAAUUUAGAAGUAAUUAUUUAUAGUGCGUGCCUAGAAUAGUAUUAUAGUAACUUAAUAUGUCACUGUGAAACAUUAGAGGGUGGAGGUGUGAAAUCAAAUAUUGCAUUUCCAUGUUAUUCUGGAUACUAAUUAAAUCUUAUCGACUACAUACAGCAAAAAGAGGAAACUUAAAUAUUUUGCCAAUUACCCACAUAACAUAAAAACUUUCUAAACAAUUUCUAAAACAUUUCUUGGAAAGCUUUAAGUCUUUCAAAACGAUUUCUAAAAAAAUAUUUCUACAAGGUGGAAAAGUCCGCGUUUAGAAAUUUGCCAAGGAUUUCUAAAAAGGUCUUUGAAAGAUUUUUUAAAAUCUUAUUACCAUAUUUUGCGAAAGGUUUCUAGAAAACAUUUUUGAAAUUUUUUCAAAAAAGAUAAUUGAGAGCUUUCCCAACCAGGGCUCACCGACCAAUUCUUCUCAUGAAUGCCCGAAUUGUUUUUUUUUUCGUGGCAUUGUAAGACUGUGGAACAUAUUACGAAACAGACCCUUCCAUCCCGGCUGAGUCCUCUGUGUGGGAUUCGUGAAAAAAAUUUGACCGCUGGACUGACUGGGACCGGCGGGAUUCGAACCACGGGUCUUUCGUUUUCCAGGCGCAACUGCUCUUUAACCAAUUGAGGUAUCCAGGGCUACCGAUAAAUACUUCUUACGAAUGCCUAAUAAGUUUGGCAUGGAGGCGCUCGUUCCACAGAAGGUUUUUGAAAGAUUUUCUGAAACCUUAUCGUCAUUUUUUGUUAAGGCCGGCGAUACAAGUAAAAUAAAAAAAAUCCGAUUUUUUUUUCAUAAAUAGUUAGCUUAAUAUCUCAAAAAUAUGCCCGUAAAUUUUUAGAAUGAAAUUCGCAUUAUUUAUCGAAUAAAAAUUCAUUUAAGUGCUCCGCCUCAACUCGGCGCUAGACGCGAACGCUAAACUUUGAACGCGUUUUUCUCAAAACGACUUUUUUCAAACUGGCGUGAUAGAUAACUAAAAAAAUUCUCCACCGAUUCUUAUGAAAUUUAGCACACUUUUUCUUUAUAGUAGUAGCUUCUAGUUGAAUUUUAAGAAUGCCACAAAAAUUUUCAAAAAUUGCCAUUUUUGACCCAAAAACCAUCGGCAGAAAGGGUCAAAAAUCGAACUUUUUUGUCU